AUGGGUUCUAAAAAGUACUUUGGCUUGACGGGCAACGCCCUCAACAAUCUGAGAAUCGCCCUCAUCAUCGCGCCCAGUUUCAUUCUCUAUGGUUAUAACAUUGGCGUUGUCGGCGGCCUGUUAACGGAGGAAGAUUGGGUCAAAACCUUCCCCGAGAUCGACACCGUCAAUACAUUUGGGGCCGAGAAAUCGGCCAACUCUACGCUCCAAGGAUUCAUCGUCGCCACGUUCACAAUCGGCGCAACCAUCGGCUCACUAUCCUGUUCAUGGACCGGCGAUGUCUAUGGUCGCCGCAACAUUAUCUUCGUAUCUGCCAUCAUGACACUCAUCGGCGAAAUUCUCAUGGCAUCUGCCUUCGGUCUCCCUCAAUUCGUCGUUGGCCGUGUUCUCACCGGCCUUGGCAUCGGACAGCUUAGCUCCAUCGUCCCGGUCUGGCAGUCUGAGACUUCCGCUGCUGCUAAUCGCGGCCGACAAGUGGUCAUUUCUGGCGUGUUCAUGUGUGUAGGCUAUAUGCUCGAAUCCUGGAUCGAUCUCGGCUUCUUCCAAUUCCACUCUGGUCCGAUCACGUGGCGUCCGCCUCUGGCAAUCGCCGUGUUCUUCUCCAUCGUCCUGAUGGCCUCGAUUUACUUCUUCCCGGAAUCACCUCGAUGGCUUGUCAUGAAGGGGAAGUCAGAGCAAGCUCGUGCCGUGAUUUCCGUGCUGAAGUCGCUCCCGGCGGAUUCGAUGGAGGUUCAGGCUGAGCUGUGUGGAAUCGAGUAUUCCCUCGAAGAAACCAAGGGCACACAGGUCUCCUUAAAGGAUGUCCUGAAGAUGGGCGAAGAUAAGCUUUUGUAUCGCUUCUGCCUCUGCAUGUCGCUUCAAUUCUUCCAACAGAUGGCUGGUUCCAAUCUUGUUAGCGUGUACGCGCCCAUUCUUUUCCAACAAGGUCUCGGUCUCUCUAGCCAAUAUUCUCGCAUUCUCAGCGGCGGAACUCUGACCUGGAAAUUUCUGGCCUCCUUCAUCGCCUUCUUCACGAUCGACCGGUUCGGACGCCGCGCAGCAUUCAUCGUCAGCGGCACCGGAAUGUCUCUUUGCAUGAUUGCACUCGCUGUCGCAACAUCAUUCGGCACCAGCAACUACCCUGCUCAAAUCGCAGCCGCCUUCUUCAUAUUCCUCUACAACACGUGGAUCCCAAUUGGUCUCAUGGGCGCAAACUACCUCUACUGCACAGAGGUCGCACCACUGCGUCUUCGCAUGGCAAUGAGCUCCAUCUCGACGGCGAACCAUUGGCUUUUCAACUUUCUCGUCAUCAUGGUCACGCCCGUAGCUCUAAACACCAUUGGAUGGCGCUACUACAUUGUCUACGCCGUGAUCGCAGCUGCGAUGCCGGUGACGGUCUACUUCUUCUUCCCUGAGACGACAGGGCGUAAUCUAGAAGAGAUUGACUUGUUGUUCCGCGAGUCGCCGUCCAUGAUGGCCACAGUCAAGUAUGCCAAGACAAGACCAAUUGCCAUGCCGCAGGAGUUCAACUCUGAGAAAGGCGAGAAGGCGGACCACUUGGAGGGAGCUUGA